CGCAAUUGAAGAAUGAUAAAAUUUUUCCAGCAUGUUCAUUUGACAAACGAUUUCUAUUGGUCGCUCACAAACUAUGACGUCAUGGAGGACAAAAUCUAAAAGGUGAUUCGUCAGAUCACUCAUUUAAUGUUGUGAAUGAUGUCAUCAGAAGCCAACGCACAGUGCAAAAAAUAGGCAACUAUUCAAGGCCUUGCCACAUCAGCGACAUCAAUCCGUAAACUGCCGCGUUUCCGGCCGGGAGCAAACGGGCUCGAAGCCGGUGUCGAGGGAGGGAGGUUAAAUUUUGUGGGCUUGGAUUGAAGGGAAGCGUAUGGUGUGGUCUAUCACAUGACACUUUUAUUUGGGUUGUUUAUUUGAUUUUACUGUCUCAGUUUCACAACACCUGUGACGAUGACAGUCUCUGUGACAUCGGACAUAUGGUGGGACUAUGCGGCACCCGCCACUGGUGUUGUUGUGGUGCUUCUUGCCGUUGUCAUCUUCAUAUAUGGCAUUGGUUUCAAUCGCAAAGUAGCAGAGCCAGUUUUCCUGGACCUGCAAGCAACGGAACCAGGAAAGAAGCAGCAAAAGAAGAAGCAGAAGUCCAAGAGUGAAAAGAAGGCUGCCAAGAAACAGCAGGAUGCUCAAGAAGCUACCACCACUUCUACUACCACCGCCGCCGCUCCCGCCCCUGCCGCCGCCAAGCCGAAGGCCGAGCCCGCGGCUCCGGCCAAGAAGGCCGCUGAGAAGCCGGCCGAGAAGGCUGCCAAGACGAAGGAGCGCCGCGAGAAGACGGACGAUUGGGAACAGGUGACGUCGCGGCGCGGUAAGAAGACCGAGACGGACCCGGCGCCCGACGCAGCCGCCAUCGAGGCGAUGACGCUGGUCGGAUCCGGAGACGCCAAGGCCGAGGACUCAGCAGACUCUGGUAUCGCCAAUGCCUCUCCGAACAAGACCAAGAAAAAGAAGAAGACCAAGGCCAAGGAGCCUGCCGCUGCCGUGGCUCCGGCGCCUGCUAAGGCUGCUGAGAAACCGGCCGAGAAACAGCCUGCCAAGGCGGCUGAGAAGCAGCCCGCCAAGCCAGCGGAGAAGGCGGCUGCGAAGCCAGCUACUGCCAAUGCCACUGAGAAGCCAGCCCAGAAAGCACCCAAGUCCAAGUUUGACGACUUCACCACCGUCUCCAAGAAGAAGAAGGGAAAGAAGGAGGAGCCUGGGGCGGCCGCCGAGGUAGCCAAGCCACCCGAGCCCCAGCUCACUCAGGAGGACCUGUUUGGCAGUGGCAACGGAAAGCGGAUUCUGAGCCUGGAGGAGGCGAUGUCGGUUGUGAUGCGUCAGAACGAAGCCAAGGCGGCUGAGCCGGUCCCGGAGACAAAGCCAGAGCCGCCGGCACAGAAGAAGGUGGAACCGGCGCCAAAGAAGGCGGAACCGAAACCGGAGCCGCCGAAAGAGACGGAGGCGCCGAAGCCCAUUCCCAUUGAGGAGAUGAUGGCCCGCCUGCGUGCUGGUGAAGACAUCACCAAGAUGGCGGCUGCCCCCGCCGCCGCCCCCGCUCCCGCCGCUUCGGCCGCCAAGCCUGCAGCUCCUGCCGAAAAGGCGGCCCCUGUGGCUAAAAGCAAACCGGCCGCCGAGCCGGCGCCUUCCAAAGAGAACGUGGCCUUCGACGAGUUGGGAGAUGCCUGGACCGAGCAGAAACCCAACAAGAAGAAAAAGAAGAGUAGGAAGGACUAGCCGAAGGUGAUUAAGCGCCGGCGCCCCGCCCCGCCCCGCAGCCGCCACCAAAACACACCGCGCAGUGUUGAGCUCAGAGGACACACCACCGCCGAGACGCAAAAGGUGCACCCGUGUAUACACACACGCCUAUACGAACGAUUUCUCAUUUGUUUUCCUUCUGCCCUUACUUCCACCCAAACGUGCAGGCAACCACAAAGACACACGCCAAAAACACAGCCAGGAAAUUCACGUUACGUUUGAUAGCACUUUUCACAGUAGACACACAUUUUCGCGCUUUGUUUACACGUCCUCCCACAUGCUACACUUCUUACACGUGUUAUACCCCUCCCACUGACGCUCUGUCGGUCGGUCUGGCGGCUCGGGGCCGCGGCUGAGCCGGCCGCGGGGCGGGUUAGUUAAAUGCGGCUUCCAGGUCGCGGUGUGGGUGUUAACGAGCGGCGGCAGCGUGCCGUCAAUCGUUGUUGCCUUGGGCCGCGGCGGCGCGUUCGGGGUUUACGCGGCGAUUGGGGAGGGUGUUGCCGUAUUGAGUGGGGAGGGGUGGGCUGUACCGUGUAGGGGACUGUUCCCGGCUCGGCCUGGGUAUUUGUGUUCAGGGCGAUGCGGCGCUGCAGUGCCGUCUGUAACCCGGGAGGGUCUCUGAGGGCAGCCGCGGGCGGACCGAGCUUCCAGCCGUCGCCGCUGCACAGCCGUGGCGCCACUAUCGCCAGGUGUCGCAGCGGCAGACUUCUUGCCUGGCGGCGCCGUGCAGCCCGCGCGCGUGCACGUUUCCCUAACGCACCACCUUCCAACUAAAAUAGGGUGCCAAACGCACUGUAGCGCCUAUUUUUAUACGCCCCUUUUCCCGGUCUGGACAGCUGCUGCGCCGCGUUUCCCAUUGGCGAACGAUGGAAACUGUCCCCGGAUUAGCAUAUCGCCGUGUGGCACCCCGCCGGCGGCUCCGAACCGAAGGCUGUCCAAAGGCUGACGAGGGGCCUGAGCUGGCUCCGCAACAGGGGCACAUAAUGCUGCCCCCGAACCGACCCCGCUCUACAUUCCUAGUUGGGUGGUGCCCCUCCCCAUCCCUCUGAAAACAUGAAAGGCAUUUUGACCGCAAAGUAGUUCGAUUUUCUUUAAGACAAGGAAGGAGACUGUGUUCCCUUCCGUUCGGAAUCCCUGAAUAUGCACUAAAUGUGCCUGAAGAAAUGCUAUUGUCCGACGCGAAGUGGUUAUCUGAGUGGCUCUCAGAGCCGAACGUUUUGCGUGACCGCCUCCCCCACUGUAGUCCCCUACCGUCCCCAAACCGACAUUCCACUGUGUUCGACCCUUUCAUCGAUGGGUCGACUGGGUUUGAUAAUCGACUUCAACGAUCGACUGGGUUUUCUCGACACUUGUGUCGGGCCGGCUUGGAUGCAAGCGAUUCUGUGCAUAAUAGCGCCUGUCGUGCGGGACUGGCUGCUCCCGUUUUGGCGCGCUGUGUAUCGGGGUUGUGGUAAGAGCGACUGUGACAAAACUUGCCGGGUGCUGGUGUGGGUACAAGGGGCUCUGUGAGUUGUCGUUUGCGCCUGGGACGGGUUACGGGCGGACUAGUGGUGACACCGGCCGUAACAGGGUGUAGCGUGACAUGCGACCAAUGUUCCCUCGCCGUGUCAAGGUUAUGCAAUCCAUGGUGCGUGUUUUCUUAUGGAAACCAAUUUGCAGUUGAAACAAUCCAAAUCACGCCUGAUAAUCCCCGUUCGUUCCAUCAUGUCGUCACGAGCUGUCGUCUCCCGCCCGUCUCCCUAUCCCCCUUCCUCCAGCCCCCCCCCCCGCGCGGUAUCGUUUGAAGUGGACUCUGCCGGCGGCAGUGAGCCGACUGGGGUCAACAGGCCGUGCCCCGAGGCGGUUCUAUGGGCCGCCGUUGGCGCUACCGUCGACCGUUGUGUUUGUUUAUUAGGAGCCACUAUGAUGGAGCAUAUAUCCCGGUCGGUGAUACGGUUUAUGGUAUUUCUGAUGGUAUUUUUGUAGGUGCCUAGGGUUGUGCCCAAUCGGCGUACGGUUAAGACGUGUUGCGUUUCGUUAGUUGUAUCGCGCAGGAAGAAGCGCAUCAAAUGUCUGUAUUAUCGUGGACAAGGACAUAUUUUUCCCGAGUGCUCAGAUUUGUAUUGACUAAGCUUUGCUAAUUUAAUAAACAGUGACUGGGGAAAA